AUGACGAGUGCCCCUGAUGGAUUGGUUCACGCCACCACCAAUGCCGCCUCCGACGCAGCUGACCACGCCGAGCGGACUCAAUUUCACCGCAUCAAGCCCGAAGACCAACGAGAAAACCCAUUCAUUCAUUUGAUCCCAAAUCAAGACAUUGCCAUUGUCCCCUGCUUUACGCUCGAGUCUGGAGUCAAUCUCUACAAUGUCCCGUUAGCUUACAAGACAUACGGCACGCUGUCUCCGCAGGGGGACAACGCAAUGGUCAUCUGUCAUGCCUUGACUGGCAGCGCCGACGUACAAGACUGGUGGGGCCCUCUCCUCGGUCGGCCCGAGGAGGCCGGCAAAGAGAGUCGUGCGUUUGACAUGUCUCGAUUUUUCAUCGUCUGUAUGAACAGUCUCGGCAGUCCGUAUGGUAGCGCAAGUCCCGUCACUGCCCGCAAUGGCGAUCAGAACAACGAGCACUACGGGCCGGAAUUUCCUCUGACCACGGUCCGUGAUGAUGUCAAUCUGUUCAAGAUCCUCCUGGAUGAGCUCGGUGUCAAGCAGAUUGCCGUGGUGAUCGGAGGAUCCAUGGGCGGCAUGCUCGUGCUCGAGUUCGCAUACUUUGGAAAAGACUACGUGCGGACCAUCAUCCCGAUUGCCACAUCAGCUCGAUACAGUGCCUGGGGGAUCAGUUGGGGCGAGGCACAGCGCCAAAGCAUCUACAGUGAUCCCAAAUAUGACGACGGCUACUAUACAUUCAGUGAUCCACCAUCCACAGGCCUUGGCGCUGCCCGGAUGUCGGCGCUCUUGACAUAUCGCAGUCGCGACUCUUUCGAAUCCCGCUUCGGCCGCAACCGUCCAGACACCUCCCGUCGACAGAACAUCAAUGGGACCAGCCGUCCGGCAACGCCCACCAACGAGCACUUCGCCAUCCAUAACGAAGGCCACAAGAAUGCCGGCUCUCCCCGACCAUCGCGGACAGGGAGCGUGGCCGGGAUCCAGACCUCCACAUCCCCCAACGGCGAAUCGACCAACACCAACAACAACCAGUCGUCGUCCUCGACCGCAACGCCGCGGGGCGCUCGCCACGGCAAGCCCCUGUCGACCUAUUACUCCGCGCAAUCCUACCUCCGCUACCAAGGCGAGAAGUUCAUCCAGCGGUUCGACGCCAACUGCUACAUCGCCAUCACGCGCAAGCUCGACACGCACGACGUCUCCCGCGGCCGCACCGACAUCAGCAGCGACGGGGCCAACACGCCCAUCGAGCCGGCCGUCGCCGUCCGCGCCGCCCUCGCCCUGAUCGAGCAGCCCACGCUGGUGCUGGGGAUCCAGUCGGACGGGCUCUUCACCUACGCCGAGCAGCAGGAGCUCGCCGCGGCCAUCCCCAACGCCGAGCUGAAGACCAUCGACAGCCCGGACGGACACGACGCCUUCCUGCUCGAGUUCCGCCAGGUCAACGCUUUCCUGCGGGAAUUUCUUCUGCGCGAGUUGCCGGACAUAAUGGGGCGGGAGCCGACGUCGGCGCGGGGAGCGCAGGAGGGACAGAAGCCGCAGCCGGCGGCGGCACCCAAGGCGAGUGUGUUCGGCGAGGCGGAGGUGGAUGAUAUCACUGCUUGGUAG